AUGAGGUUCUCACUUUUUUCGCUCUCUCUUCUCGGCUUGAGAGUCAGCGCCCUACCCUCUUUAUUCUCUGGCACAGACGCAGUCGCUGCUCUCGCUAAGCGCCAGACCAACGACGAGGUCAUCGGUUAUGCCAGCUUAAACGGAGGAACCACCGGUGGCGGCAACGCACCGACUACAACAGUGACCACAUUUGAUGAACUUGUCGCCGCCGUUGCCGGCGACGAAGCCAAAACGGUAAUCGUCUCGGGAACCAUUAAAAUGGAAGCCGCACAAGUGAAUAUUGGAAGCAACACGAGUCUCUUGGGGAAAGACAGCGGUGCGAUCCUGAUCGGUUUCGGAGUUUUAGUCAAGGGUAAGACCAAUGUUAUCAUUCGUAACUUGACCAUCCAAAAGGUCCUCGAGAAGAAUGGUGACGCUAUCGGUGUCAGCACCUCUACCAACGUUUGGAUUGAUCACGUAGAUCUUUCGUCCGAAAUGACCGGCGACAAGAAUACCUAUGACGGUCUUAUUGAUGUGACAACCGGAUCUGACUAUAUCACUAUCUCCAACUCCUUCAUCCAUGACCACCACAAGGCUUCUUUGGUUGGAAACGGCGAUGACACAGGAUCCAUCGACAGCGGAAAAAUGAGAGUGACCUUCCACAACAACUACUUCCUAAACGUCGGCUCCCGCGCCCCGCUCUACCGAUGGGGAUCCGGCCACGUCUUCAACUCGUACUUCGAGGACGUCCCGGACGGGAUCCACGUCCGCAGCGACGCGCAGGUCCUGGUCGAGUCCAACACCUGGGCCGGCGAUGUCAACAAGGCGAUCUUCAGCACCAGCGACGGCACCCCGGCCGGACACGCCGUCGAGAGGGACAACGACUUUGGAGGUGCCACCACCGAUUUCCCUGUCGGCACCUUGACCAAGGUCCCGUACGAUUACACUCUUCUGGGUCCGGACAAUGUUGCAGCCGCUGUCAAGGGCUCCGCCGGAGCCAAGUUGAAGUUCUAA